UAGAAGAAUACGAUUAAAGUUAUGUAGUUGAAGACAAAACAUUUAUUUGAGAAGCUCAAGGAAGCUAAAGCAGAGGGGGAGAGAAGAGAGAAGGAAAAAUUGUCAAGGAUCAUGAAUUCUGAGCCUUUGAGAUUGAGCUUCAAGCUCUCAUUCCAUGACGAGACAAGGAGCAGCGAGCUUGAACAAAUACUAGCAGAUACUGAAGCACCAUAUUUUAAGAGAAUCCGUUCAGCUUCCUGGGUUGAACUGAAAUUGCUUUUCCACCUUGCAGCUCCAGCUGUGAUAGUUUACUUGCUCAAUAAUGUUGUUUCCAUGUCUACUCAGAUCUUUUGUGGUCACCUUGGAAACCUUGAGCUUGCUGCUGUCUCUCUUGGUAACACUGGUAUCCAAAUGUUUGCCUAUGGUCUUAUGCUUGGUAUGGGAAGUGCAGUGGAGACACUAUGUGGCCAAGCAUUUGGGGCACAUAGAUAUGAAAUGCUAGGUGUAUACCUCCAAAGGUCAACAAUUCUCCUCAUGGCAACGGCUAUCCCUCUAAUGGUGAUCUACAUAUUUUGCGAACCUCUCUUGAUGUUAUUAGGUGAACCAGUCAGCAUAGCAUCAGCAGCUGCAGUUUUUGUCUAUGGACUUAUCCCUCAAAUUUUUGCUUAUGCUGCCAAUUUUCCUAUUCAAAAAUUUUUGCAAGCCCAAAGCAUAAUUGCCCCUAGUGCAUAUAUAUCAUUGGGUGCCCUUGUGGUUCAUGUUUUGCUCUCCUGGCUCGCAAUCUUCAAAUGGAACUGGGGCUUGCUAGGUGCUGGCCUUGUCUUGAGUUUAUCAUGGUGGAUCAUUGUGGGGGGUCAGUUUGUGUACAUUUUAACGAGUAAGAGCUGUAGAAAGACAUGGCAAGGUUUCAGUAUGGAGGCCUUUAGUGGGCUUUGGAGCUUCUUCAAACUGUCUGCUGCAUCAGCAGUAAUGUUGUGUUUGGAGACUUGGUACUAUCAGAUUUUAGUAUUGAUUGCUGGGUUGCUUAAAAAUGCUGAGGUUGCAUUGGAUGCUCUGUCAGUUUGCAUGACAUUAUCAGGAUGGGUGUUUAUGAUUUCAGUUGGAUUUAAUGCUGCUGCAAGUGUGAGAGUGAGCAAUGAGCUAGGAGCAGGACAUCCAAAAUCAGCAUCAUUUUCAGUCCUUGUAGUGACUUCAUGCUCAUUUAUAAUUUCAGUAAUCGCAGCCAUUAUUGUGCUGAUAUUUCGAGACUCCAUUAGCUAUAUCUUCACUGAAGGUGAAGUUGUUGCUAAAGCUGCCUCUGAUCUCUCCCCAUUCCUUGCUGCUACUCUCAUACUAAAUGGCAUUCAGCCUGUCCUGUCCGGUGUGGCUGUCGGAUGUGGAUGGCAAGCAUUUGUUGCAUAUGUGAAUGUAGGAUGCUACUACCUUAUUGGAGUUCCAGUAGGAGUGGUUCUUGGUUUUACAUUUGACCUUGGUGCCAAGGGAAUAUGGUCAGGCAUGUUAGGAGGGACCGUUUUGCAAACUAUAAUCUUGGUGUGGGUUACUUUGAGAACAGAUUGGGAUAAAGAGGUGGAGAGUGCCAAAAACCGGUUGAGUUCAUGGGAUGAAAAAGGGCAACCUCUUCUUGUGGAGUAAUUAAAGUAGACUUUGUGAUGAGUGGGACUGCGGUUUUUGGACUCAUCAUGUGCAGAAGACAUUGAUUUUUGUCCUUCCAGUUCAGUCUCUGGGGUUGAUGAUGGAUAGGAAGGAAUAAUUUGUGAUGAUGAGAAUGCUAUCUCACUCAUGAAUGAUGUUGGAGGAAUAAUUCUUACAACUCAAGAGAAUCGAAAGUAGUGGUGUUCUAAUUGGAAUUGUGAUGUCUAGGGAGAGGACUUCUACAGACAAGACUUUUCCUUUUGUAAUAAUAGAUGAUUUUUGAACUAAAUAAUGCAAUCACGGAGGAGUCUAUGAUUUA